CCCCAAACUUGACCAACAACAGGAGAGGCUUUUCUCUUGGGCUCGCACCCACGUCGAACGCCUUGGAGUUCCCACACACCGGGUGGCUCAAUUCAGAUUCUGGCCUGGACCCGUGCCCAUCCAUCCUCAACGACCAGCCCGGCUCCCACCUCAUCAACAUGGGCGACAGCGAUGACGAUGGCGAUUACAAACGCCGCGACAAAUUCCGUUCCGAACGGCGGAGUUACAACGAUGAUCGCGGGGGCGGCGGGGGUGGUGGCGGUGCUAGUCCGCCCGGACGACCCGGUGGUUGGCGAGAAGCCCGCCCAGGUCCGCCGGGGGGAGGGGGAGGCUAUGGCGGGGGAGGCGGUGGCGGUUAUGGUGGAGGUCGACGGGGUUAUGACGGGGGCGGAGGCGGUGGCGGUGGCUAUCGCCGUGACCGCUAUUCCCCCUCGCGACGUCAUCACCACGAGAUGUCGCCACCGGCUAAACGAAUGAGAGGCGGCCAUGAUUGGGAUGAUGGCGGUGGCGGUGGAUAUCGACACGACCGAGGUCAUGAUGAUUAUGACCGGGGUCACCGGGGCUAUCGAGGCGGGGGUGGCGGCGGUGGACGGCCUGGGGGCGGCGGAGGCGGGGUUGGCGCCGAGAGCCAACAUCAGGAUGAUAGCGUCCAGCCGCCCAUGAUGUCGUUCAAGGCGUACUUGGCCACGCAAGAUGAUUCGAUCACGGACGAUGAGGCCAUCAAGAAGUAUGCGGACUACAAGCUGGAGUUCAAGCGGCAGCAACUCAACGAGUUCUUCGUCAAUCAUAAGGAUGAGGAAUGGUUUAAAUUGAAAUACCACCCCGAGGAUGCCGUGAAACGGAAGGAGGAACAAAAAUCCGCCUUGAUGAAGCGGGUGGAUGUGUUCAAAGAUUUCUGGGAUCAGAAGAAGUUCAAUGGAGUCAGUAUUGACGGCGAUCAAGGAGACCACUUGAUCAAACUUCUGGACUCCAUUGUGAUCAUGUUGGAAGGAGGCACUGAACAUGACCUCAAGAUCUUGGAUCAAGAAGCCGAGGCUGCUGCAUUAGCCUUGAAAAAUGAGGAGAUCAAGCCCACCGAAGACGCCAAACCUGGGGGUGCCUCGACUGAGACGAAGGUCGAGAAAGAAGAGGGAGAAAAGAGCAACGGCGAAGAGAAAUCCAACGUCAUCGAUGAACAACUCGAGCUCCAGAAGAAAGCCAAAGAGUAUUUGGAGGCCAAAGGUGGCGAAGAGAGCUCUGAGAAACCUGCCAAAAGUCGUAAGCGCAAGCGCACGAAAGAGUUCGAUGACGGGUCCUCCAUUGGAAGCUCCGAGGACGAAGACGAGGAAGACGAAGAGGAGCCUCCUCCAGGUAUGGACAAGAAACCUGAAGUAAAUGACGAAAAAGAUCAAGCCAAAAGUGAGGAAGGCAGCGAAAAAAAGAACGGCGAUGAGGAAAUGAAAGAAGAGGGAGAGGCCGAGGUCAAAAAGGAAUCCGAGGACGUAAAGGAAGAAGCGAACAAGACCGAGAAAGACGAAGAUAUGGAGGAGGGAGAGAGCGAACCCAAACCACGACCAUUACACAAGACGGCCUCGAUCUUCCUCCGAAAUCUGGCUCCAACCAUCACGAAGCAAGAAGUGGAAGCCAUGUGCAAGAAGUAUCCCGGCUUCUUGAGAGCUGCUAUUGCCGAUCCUCAGCCUGAUCGUCGCUGGUUCCGCAGAGGGUGGGUCACUUUUGAGAGGAGCGUCAAGAUUAAAGAGAUCUGCUUCAAUUUGAAUAACAUCCGACUAAGGGACUGCGAAUUGGGGCCAAUCGUCAAUCGCGAUUUGACCAGGCGAAUUCGAACCGUCAAUGGGAUCACGGUCGACCGUAAGAUCGUGCGGAACGACAUCAAAUUGGCCGCCAAAGUGGUCACCAAUUUGGACAAGCGAUGGAAUCUGUGGCAAAACGAGAAGAGCGGUCAAAAGAACGGGGCCGCUGAGGACCUGAAUGGGUCAGCCGAAGAGGCCAUUGGUCUUGGCUCUUCCAAUCCCGUACUGGAAAACAUCACCGACUAUCUAAUUGAAGAGGCCUCGGCUGAGGAAGAGGAGCUCUUGGGCAAGAACAACGAUCUUGAAGAUGGAGAGGAAGGCGAGGAAGGCAACAGUAUUGUCCGUGACGAGGAACUCAUCAAGGUCUUGGAUCGAUUGCUUUUCUACUUGCGCAUUGUCCAUUCCGUGGACUUUUACAACCACUCGGAAUACCCCAACGAGGAUGAGAUGCCCAAUCGAUGCGGCAUCAUGCACGCUCGUGGAAUCCCACCCUCCAGUAACGUGACUCAGAACGAGAUCGAAGACUAUUCCGUGACUUUCGAGAAGAAGAUGGGAAGUUUUCUUCAACCUCGAGCCGACCUGACCGAGGAUGAGGCCUCCAAAUUGGGCAUGAAAAACGAAGAGGACGAGGUAGAGAAGUUCAUCCUGGCCAACACGCAAGAGUUGGGCAAGGACAAAUGGCUCUGUCCCUUGUCGGGGAAGAAGUUCAAGGCCGCCGAUUUCGUUCGCAAGCAUAUCUUCAACAAGCACUGCGAGAAGAUCGAGGAGGUCAAGAAGGAGGUCCAAUACUACAACAACUACUUGAAAGAUCCGAAGCGUCCGCAAUUACCAGAGAACCCGCAGAAUAAGGGCGGCGGAUCGGGUCGUCGAGAUGGACCUCCUCCGGGUAGCCGAGGUGGACCCCAAGUGGGAGAUCCGUACAACUACAGUGGAUUCCCAAGAGAAGCUACUAAUUAUCCCGUUUACGACCGACCCGAUCGAGGCUAUAACGAGCCCCGUUACGGAGGAGACCGCGGAUAUCGUGGCCGACGACCUGAACCUUACGGAGGGCGUGGCAGAAUUCGGGAUAGGGUUGGAGGUCCUCCUGGUGGCGUUAGAGUUACCCAGAUUCAACCAGAUCCUCGGGGAACCGUUGAUUAUGGCGAUGUCGAUUUUGGUCAAGAUGUUGACCUGUUUUGAUCCCAUGCUCAAACCAUCAGGCAUAUUCGAAUGUCAGACACGACAAUUACGGACCCCCCGGAGGUGGAAGACCCAUCAUCACCUAUCGCGAUUUAGAUGCGCCCAGGGACGACGACUUUUGAAUGGACUGAUGAUCCCCUCCUCAGUAUCCGGAAUCGAAUAUUAUUUACAUUCAUCCGCUUUCCUUCCCCAUUCCGUAUGGUUAUUUUGGGAAGCGCAUUUCAUAUUAAUUAGGAUGUCCUGCCCGUCUCCUAAAUAUAUUUUGUCUCUAAUUCGUCCUCUUUUUGCUUUUUGAAAUACAUUUCUCUCCAUUCGCCCGCAAAGAUAA